AUAUAGACUCCUCUUUUGCUUUCUACUCCACAUUUUCUUAUCAAGGACAUCAUUGGAGCAUUAAGAUUUCUCCAGAAAGGUGGAGUUUUCUCCUUCGUAAUCUCUGCUUCUAAUUCUGAAUUUCUUUUGACUUUCGUUUUAAUUGGGUGGGUUUUAUGGGGUUUCAGUAAACAAUGGAGGGUAGUUGCAGCUGAAGAAUGUUAGUUUGAAGGUGCUCAGCUGAAACUGUGUAAUUUGAUUCAAGAAAUUGGGUAAUCACCUUUUGAUUUCGGCGAAAUGUGGGGGAAAGUUAGGAAGUCAAUGCAAAGAAGUGCUGAUUAUUCUUGUUUCCCUGGUUGCCCACAGCUUAUUUUAGUGUAAAAAACUGAUCUUUUCUGUGAGUGUGGAGGCAAAAAGGUAGAUGGUUUUUGGUGAACCAAACAUAGCCUUAUUUCUGGUAAAGGAUGCAACUAGUUUGGCUGUCAGAUUAGGGAGGUCAGCAGAUGUUGGUUUGAGAGAAUUUCUCUGAUAUCAAGGAGGGAUCCUGGAUUGAAGUUUUGGUUAUCCAAAUUUCUAUCAUCGUGGAAAACUUUUACACUACCAAUAUCUUUUCAAAUUUCUCUGACAGAAUCAACUACAUCGCACAGCCGACCCGUCAAAAUAGCAUUACUGGAACUUAAAUUUUGGCCCUAUGGGUUUUCCAAAUGGGAUUGUCCAUGCACACGGGAAGCAGCCUCUUGUUUCUUUUGGAGUGAUAUCAGAUGUCCAAUAUGCUGAUAUUCCGGAUGGCCGCUCAUUCCUUGGUGUUCCUCGCUAUUACCGGCACAGCCAGCUUGUGUUGCAAAGAGCAGUGCAGAAAUGGAACGAACAAAAGCUCAAGUUCGUCAUUAAUUUUGGGGACACUGUUGAUGGCUUCUGCCCAAAGGACCAAUCUCUAACUGCGAUCAAGAAAAUUGUGAAUGACUUUAGCACUUUUAAUGGCCCUGUAUAUCACAUGAUUGGCAACCAUUGUCUUUACAAUCUGCCUCGUGAAAAAUUACUUCCGCUGCUGAACAUUCCGAGUACUGAUGGUCGUGCCUAUUAUGAUUUUUCUCCGAUUCCAGAGUUCCGAUUUGUAGUCCUUGAUGGCUAUGAUAUCAGUGCUAUAGGCUGGCCCGAGGAUCAUGCAAAUACACUGAAGGCCCUAAAUGUUCUCAGGGAUAAAAAUCCAAAUACGAAUAAGAAUAGUCCAAAUGGGCUCAUAGGGCUCGAGAGAAGGUUCCUUAUGUUCAAUGGAGCUGUCGGGAAAGAGCAGAUGGAAUGGUUGGACCAUGUGCUUCGGGAUGCAACAAAACUAAACCAGAAAGUGGUGAUAUGCUGCCAUCUGCCACUAGACCCUCAUGUGUCUUCAGAGGAAUCCUUAUUGUGGAAUUAUGAUGAAGUGAUGGAUGUGAUACACCAGUACAAUUGUGUAAAGGUCUGUCUAGCCGGGCAUACGCAUAAAGAUGGAUAUGCAGUGGAUUCAUAUGGUGUGCAUCAUCAGGUUCUUGAAGCAGCCUUGGAGUGCCCUCCGGGAACCAAUGCUUUUGGAUAUAUAGAUCUUUAUCCUGAUAGUUUAUUACUCACUGGCACAGAUAGACUGGAGAGUCAAGAAAUGGUUUUCAGUUGUUAGAAGGAGAAAACAUUGUCAGUUCUGAAAGCUUAUUAGCUUUAGUGCAGGAUAAUUAUAUUCAGCAAGAUGCCGAAAAGUACAAAAAAACUGCAUUUUUGUAAGUAUUCUACUUUCCUGAUGUCUGUAAAUGUUUCUCAGUCAUCGUCGAUUGAGAAAGUAAGCCAUUCAAAAUUUACUUGUAACUUCAUUAUUAGUCUUUAAUUUUACAUCGAUAUCUUUCUGAGCAAUUUAGAGUUGUCUGGUUUGUACUCUCCA